AUGGCGCCCGCUUUUAUGGACGCUCCGCGCGCCGCAAGCAAUUCCGCUGAUAGGUCGGUAGCCGUACGAUGCAGAGGAAUCGUUGUCAAUAUCACGGUCACUAAGACCACCACUGCCCAGGACGUUCUGCAGGCCUGCUCUUAUGAGAUGGAAAAGAUGUCGCGGCAUAUGAAUCCCGACGCCAAUGUCCUCAUAGAACCACUGUCUAACUCGGGUGUUGAAAGACGGCUGCGGCGCUACGAACUGGUCUGCGACGUCAUGAACUCUUGGGAGGACGACUCACAAUACAAAUUGAUGGUUUCGCCUGGCUCCCCUGAGACUGACAAGGAACUAGACCUUGGCAACGUCCCCAGGACACCAUCGGCGCCGGACGGCUUUUCCAUUGCCCUCUACCACUCUCAGCGGCCGGGGAAAUGGACCAAGUGCUACAUCGUCUUGUACCAGAGCGGACAGAUGCUCGCAUCAAAAAAGCCGGAUCCUGGGCGCUCUGACAAGCAUGUGGUGACAUUAUGUCACCUCUCCGACUACGAUAUAUAUUCACCGACAGAAGCCCAUAUGCGGAAGGUUUUGAAGCCUCCCAAGAAGUACUGCUACGCCGUCAAAAGCCAGCAAAGAUCAGCCCUUUUCGUCAACAACAGCAACUAUGUGCACUUUUUCUGCACCGAUGACCGCGAGGCGGCACAGCGGUUCCAUUCGCUCGUGCACGGCUGGCGAAGCUGGUACCUGGUGAACAGGAAACUGAACCUGCGAUCAGCGGUGGAGCGGCGCCCCCAGAAGUACAAUGAAGAUUCUGGUUAUAAGAGUGCCCCGAUCGACUUUGAAUCUACGCCGCCCGCCUCCCCGAAGCACUACCCAAUUCCACCCUUGCCGGUCGUACCAGCAGCUUAUCUCAAAGAAAACAAGUCCGCGUUCGCCGCCAACGGGUUGCUCGGCGACAGAUACGACAAGCGCAAAGCACAGGCUAUAAAUAACGGGUCCGAGCAGAAGAUGGCCCAGGAAGCCGACCCUUUCACAGACGGCCCUAGCCUGCUGAACAGCCGUACAGCUCCCUCCGCAACCCCUGCAUAUCCGACAACCAGCCGGCCGCGGACAUCAUCCGGAUCCGACGGGCCAGUGACAACAAUGCCCAACAUUAACAGGGCAAAGGACCAAUCAUUUUCUGUACACAGUCCACAGCGACAAGCACAACGCCCCGUAUACCCUACUUCUCCCCCCACUCGCCGGCCAAGCACCUCGUCACGACCGCCCUCGAUCGCGCCUUCUCGAGCCCCAUCCAUCCGCGAGCGGCCGCAACAGCAACAACAGCCGCUCGUCGACCUAACGCCCACCUUUGUCGAGCCUCCCCAAUGGUCGCGUGAGGGCCGCGGCAGGGGAGUGCGCGUCACGGACGGAAAGCCCCUCGUCGACCUGGCAACGAACCCUGUUCUGCCGCCAAGCAGCACGGCGGCCAGGCUCCUUAAGGAGAGCCCUCCACAAAACCUCAUUCGCCGCGCCGAGGCCGGCAGCAGCAGCAGCAGUAACGGCGCCUCCAAUACCAAACCAGCCACCCUUAUGCAGCAAUACGAGCUCCGCGAGCAGCAGAAGAGAAGGAGGGGCGCCACUGUUACCAACGGGUCUGGAUCCGGGAUUGGGCUUGGGUCUUCUGGUUUGGUCUCUAGGUCUAGGUCAGUCCGGAGUACUGCUGGUGGCGCUACAGCCAUGAGCAGAGGCGCCAUGGCCGCGGCGGAGGCGGAUCUGCAGUCCCGAGGGAGGGUCAUGGGGGUUGGCGAGCUGGACAGGGGGAGGGUGAGGGAACGGCGGAGAAGUGUUGACAACCGAGAGAGAUGA